AUGUCCUCUCAAGAAUCGUCGUCCUUCUAUCAAAAUAGUUCUGGUGAAAGUGAACAUGGAGAAGGUCAAUAUGAUGUUGCUUUUGGUGGAAGUUUACGAGGUGCAGCACAAGGUACCUAUUCGGGUUAUGAAUCCACAUCUACAACAGGUUAUGGUGAAGCAGGAGUUGCUGAAACACUUCUUGCUGGCAGUGGAGGUGCACGUAGUGAAUAUCACUCGUCAUCAGUCUAUGGUGGAUUCGGAGCUGGUACUCCAGCAAGUAGUAGUGGCUUAGAAACUGGUUUAGAACAGCAAAAUAUUUCGAGACCAUAUCUAACCACUAAUGGUGGUUAUAGUUCUAACAAUUUAAAGCAGCAAUCAAUAUCAUCAGCAACAUAUGCAACUGAUACUCAAGGCUUCUUUAAGGAUCCUAAUCCAGAAAUUGUUCGGCGGCCAGCUCCCGGAGGUCCACAAACAUAUACUCAACGAAUACUUGUUCGAUUUUUACAGCCACCAGCGGUUCCUCCACCAGGCCCUCUCAUUAUCAAAGAAGUUCGUCCACCACAACCACCUCCACCUCCACCACUUUAUAUACGACAACGACCACCCCCACCACCGACAUUACCACCAAUUGUCAUUCGUGAAGCCCCACCGAAAUUGCCUCCAGCAGUAGGCACACAAGUAAUAACAAAGAUGCUACCAGCUUUACCGGUACCACCUCGUUCAGUCAUUAUUGAACGUUUACCACCUUUGCCAUCUAAACCACGUGAUAUUGUUGUCGAACGUUGGCUACCAUAUCGAGCACAAGAGAAACGUCGUGUGAUUAUUCAACGAGCUCCACCACCAGUCGUACAACAGCCGCGUAACAUUAUUAUUUAUUAUGAAGCACCCAGUACUAAAAUUGUUCGUCGAUUUGAAAAUUUGGGUGUUCAAUCUGCUAAUCCAGCUGAAUAUGUGGCACGUUAUGGUACUCAACUAGAAGAUUCUCAAGCACUUAUUACACAGGCUCGACAAGCUGGUGUUGUUGAGGAUAUUACACCCCCUGCUGGUUCAGCAUCAAACUUCCAAUCGUCGAGUUAUGAAAGCUACCAAUCAGGUGGUGCUAAUGCUAGUUCUGUUGGUUAUGAUGUUGUCUCGUCCUCAACUAGUGGUUACGGUGUCAGUGGCGGUCUCACAGCACUCGGUGAUGCUGGUCUAAACUUGAAUAGCGGUGCGGGUGGAGUCUUAUCUAGUGGAUUUGAAUCAUCUUCAUCUUAUAAUGCAAGUAGUGGUACUGGUGGUUAUGCUGGAGGUCUAGGUUCAUCAUUUAGUGGGCUUGGCCUUGUUGAAAAUGCAAAUAAUGUUACGGAUGGUAGCAGUAGUUAUGAAUACUAUUCAUCACAACAAACGAUUAAUCAAUAA